AUUCAGAACAUGGAGCAAACUGAAAGCAUGUUGUCUUCUCUUCAUCUUCAUCUUCAGUUCACCUUCUCCUCUUCUCCUCUUCUUCUCUUCUUCUCCAUGUCAUCAUCACCAUGGCUCCAUCCGCAUCAGACCAUCCGACCCCCGUGACACCCUCGACGCCCGUCCGGAGCAACUCCAACAUCUCGUCCACUCCCUCCGCAAACACGCCAGGCACAAACGGCGAACUGAUGGAGUUCUAUGAGUUUGAGCGGCUUAAGCGCCAGAUCAAACAUCGGAACGAGAAAGCCCGUGCUGCUGGAUCUCCUGCACCUUCUUCACCCAGCAAGAAACCAUCGACUCCAAGAGCAAACGGAGAUUUGAGUCCGAAAAGAUCGGCGUCGGUUGGAUCCAAAAUGAAUACCACGGGAAAAGGAAACAAUGGCCGAACGACUACUCUCAGCAGGCAGAAGGAGAGGGACAAUAUCACUACUGGCGAUCAGAGCCGAGAUCAGAUUUCGUCCCGACAGGCUCCGGAUUGUCCGCAAGUGCCACCAGCAAAACCUGCAUCGACCAGGGAUCAACAACGUCAAGCUCCGCCGCCGGUCUCUUGGCCAAACCUGCCUCCCCAAUCUGAGUCUCCUCCAGCAUCCUGCACCGAUCGGCACCUGAAACGGCUACCUGAAGAUUCCCAUAGCGAUAACGAAUCGGCUGCGUCGACACUGCUCAUAUUCUUGUGCCGGGUUGUGAGCUUUGAUCAGUGGAGUGUUCGGGGAGGCUUGCAACUGGCCCUUUGGUGGCCACCUUGGUGGCCAUCACGGAAGGGCUGUUGGCGGGGAUUUUGGAAGACCUGUUGGUGGGCGUUGGAAACAUCUGGUUGUGGGGUGGCGUGGACACGGGAGAAUUGGCGACGAAAGUCGAUCAAAGCACUCACCAAAGCCAUGCCACGAAUCGUGAGAGACAAGAAGCCUGGGAGAUCGAAAGUGGUGCAAUGUCGGUCUCCAGAACACCCUCGCCGCCGAAAGGACACUCCACCGGACAGCCAUCGACAGGAAGAAUCUGCUUUGCCCUUGCCACCGAAACACCCUCGCCGCCGAAAGGACACUCCACCGGACAGCCAUCAACAAGAAGAAUCUGCUUUGCCCUUGCCACCGACUCCCCGAGAAGCUCACGAACCUCAUCAACUACGGAGGAUCUUGGCCGGCAUUUUCGUCGUUCUCGCCGUUCUCGCUCUCUUCGCAUACUCCAUUCUCCCGCUCGAUUUCCGAAUCACCAACAGCAGCUAUCAGCCAGUCGACGAUCUGUACAACGCCACACUCAUCACAGCCGAUGCGAUGGACUUGCUAUCCGAAACCGACUACGACAAGAUGCAUGCCAAAUAUUAUGCUUGCAAGAUGAUGGAAUUGGCUGAACAGUUGUACGAAGCUCCGCUACAACAUGUCGAGUUCAGGGAGGCCUGGUCGUUGGAGACAGAAUCCUCAGGUUGGGAAUGUCCCAAGCCUGGCUGGGUUACCGAUUCGAAAGUGCACAAACGCCUCCACGUGAGGUUCGACGAGGUUCUGGGACGCCAUGGGGUGGAACUGGCGACCGCACUGUGGUAUGCAAUUCGGCCCGCGCUGACAUGGCUGACCGAUGCUAACAUCCUGCUUAACAGGAAUAUGACUACCAUCUUUCAGCGCUCCUUGACGGAGUCCCUUGAAAAAUCCCAAGAAGCUGUCGACCACGCCCGCCACACUAAGAUCGAAAUGGACCGCUCCGACAUCUGCCGCAAUAUCGAUUCCGGAAAAUUUUCCAAUCUCGUGUCCAUACGAACAAGCGGCGAGGAGAUGCAGCUUCUCGUCCUGAAUGAGAAGCUUGGACUGCUCAACUCGACCCUUUCCUCGUUGACUGCUUCUCACCCGUCGUUGAUCCGCGAUCUCGAAACCACCGCCACGAUCUGUCUGCGUCAUCAUACGCCCUUCCAGCAAGGCACGGCAGGUAGAGGAUACCGAGAGCAAAGGGACGCCGAAGCAGCUCUGAAGAAGGUCGAAGCAUACUGCAAUCCGUUUGUUCGGAGAGGCUUACAGAUGCAAAGUGCGAGGAAGACGGUCGACACCUGGUCUCCAGAGGAGGGAGGAGUAGACGAAGUGGGAGUAGACGAAGUGGGACUGUCGCGUUUCCUCAAAGCGCAGGAGUUAUUCGAUCACGCACACGCAAUUCUGCACAACGUCACCACAGGAGACCCGGAGCCGCGCAACGACGGCCCUGUCGUGUUCAAGUGGAUCGAUCAGCCCGUGUGGACCAGUCAGCGCUCUUACUUGCGUUGGUUCCUUGGAUUGCUGGAUAAUUUUUCGCUCGCGGCUCCCGAGAACUGGCAACUACGAUGCAGGCGCCUGAACGGAGCCUCGUGUGAGGGCAACCCUGGAGGGAACUUGGAGGAGGUCACCUUGCAAAUGAGGACACGGGCGAACAAUGCCAGAUUUUUCAGACUGGAUGCAUCCCACCCGGAGAACCAAGAGCAAGAGAUUGGUGGCAGAUCAGUCCACCGCCAGAAGGUCAACACGACCUCGCCGACUCUCCCAAAGGCCCCUCCCCACCAAGCUCGCCGCCCUCAAUCGCAGCAGUUGAUGCCUCCGCUAACACAAGCUGCUUCGCAAGCUCGAGCAGGUCAAAAGCGAAGUCGUGGCGAGAUGGCUACGACCGAUCGAGAUCAGGCAAGCAGCGCUCUGCCAGUGGCCGCGAGUGCUGCUCCAGCUGUCUCCCAAACCGGGCACGAUGAGAUCGCAAGCGCAGCUUUCAUCGACGAUUGGCGAUUCGGAAAGAAGGUGGGAGUCGGGGGGUGA